CUUCCCUCCUCAGCGAUGGGUACACAGACAGCAGAGCUCCUGGACUGUCUCUGAACGUGUAUCAUCAGAUACCUCUCUUUGCUGAUCCCCGGAGGCUCCCAGUGACCUCCUGUUAAUCGAUCUUGGUGGGGCCCAAAACCCCACCUCCUGAAAAAUUUAAGGAGGCUGACAUCUGCCUGCGGGGAGCUUUUAGAAAAACCUCACAAAAGCCCACCCAAUCUCUCUUGGCAGCAAACUGCAAAACCAAGCCCAUUUCCUCAAAAGAUGGUGGAGGACUUAGCAGCCUCCUAUAUUGCUCUGAAAUUGGAGAAUGAAAUUCUCCAGGCCCAAGUGCAGAGGCUGAUGGAAGAAAAUGCUGCCCUGCAGGCCCAGAUCCCAGAGCUCCAGAAGCCCCAAGCAGCCAAGGAGGAUGAAUCCGUCCAGAAGCCCACAGAGGCCCAGGAGCCCCCAAAACCCUCAGAGCCCCUGGAAACUCCAGCAGCCUGGGAUCAUACAAAUCCCCCAGAGUUUGAAGAGCCCCAGAAGCCCAGAGAGCCCCAGUCGCUUCCAAUUGUCCAUGGACUCUCAGCAGCCUGUGUGUCCCAAAAGCCUCCAGAGGCUAAGGAGCUGGAGAAGUUCCCAAUGGCCCUGGAGGUCCACAAGCCCUUUGAAGUCAAGGAGGUCCAAGAGCCCCCUCAUACCAAAGAUGCCCUAAAAGCCGAGGAGGCCCAGAAUUUAGAGCUCCAGGAUCUUCCAAAUGCCCAAGAUCCCCAGGAAAAACCAGAAUGCCAGGAGACCUCAACACUCCUGGAGCCCCUGGAGCUUCAGGCUCCCAAGAAGCCUCUUCAGUCUUGCAUGCCUCAGGCCCCCCUGGAUCUUUCAGAUGCCCAGGAGUUCCUAGAGCUCUCAGCACCUCAGGAGUCCCUGGAGGGCCUAAUAGCUGCUGAGACAUCAGCCACUUCAGAGUUUCCACAGUCCCCUAGUGGGUUGGAGGCUGAAGUUUUCCCCUUAGAAUACCCUUUAGCCUUCAAUGGGAAUUCCCAGAAGUUUCCUGAAUUCCUGGUUCAACUGAAUAGUUACAUGAGAGUCAGAGGGCACCUGUAUCCCACUGAAGCAGCCUUAGUGAGCUUUGUUGGUAACUGCUUCUCAAGUGAGGCUGGAAAGUGGUUCCAGCCCUUAGUAUAUAUCCAAAGACCCCUGCUGGAGCAAUUUGAAAGUUUCAUACAAGUGCUCCAGGAUACUCUUAACAAUCCAGAAAACAUGGAAGAUGCCAACCACCGCAUCCGUCGGCUUUGCCAAGGGGAGGACCCUGUCCACCAGUAUGUGACCCACUUCCACCUCAUUGCUCAAAAGCUAAACUGGGGUGAAAGUACUCUCUGCAUCCAAUUUCAAGAAAGCCUUGCUAGUUCUAUUCGAGAAGAACUGUCUUCCACAAGCUCAGCCACUAACCUAUCUGAUCUGAUCACCCAGUGCAUCAGCCUUGAAGAGAAGCUAAAUGUUAAGCCUGAUCCAAAUCCACAAGGUACAAUUCCCUCUGAGGAAAGAGCUGGGCCUGAGAAUCAACCACGGCCUGUGCAGGCUGCCAGCAAUCGCCCACGCCUCUGUGAAGCUGAACGGGCUCGGCGCCGUGAAGGCCACUUGUGCCUCUACUGUGCUCAUCCUGGUCAUUUUGCCAGAGAUUGCCCUGUCAAGCCUCAUCGUGCCCAGCAGGCGGGAAACAUCCAGGCCCGGCGGUAAGGGGGAACCCGGGCGGGCCAAUCUACAAAUAUGCAUCCCCCUCACUUCCAAUAUCCAUGUCCCGAACCCUAUGGCUUACUGUUGAAAUUCGACUUGGAAGACGACAGUUCUUUGAGCAAGCAAUGGUGGACUCAGGCUCCUACAGAAACAGCAUUGACCAUUCCGUGGUUCUUCGAGAGAAGCUGCCCAUCCGCAAUAACAUCUUCCCUCUGAUGCUUGAAACAAUAGAUGGCCGUCCACUGAUUAAUGGACCCAUAACUAAGGAAACACCACCUGUCGAAGUUAAAAUUGGAAACCAUGUUGAAGAGCUACAGUUUGACAUUAUUCAUGCACCACGAUACCCUCUGAUUCUUGGAAUCCACUGGCUUGAAACACAUGACCCAAACAUAGAGUGGAGUACCCGCACUGUGUCCUUUCCAUCUCGUUAUUGUCACUACAAUUGCUUCAGGCACAGAUGGAAUAGAAGACAUUGUGAUGAAAUCAUUGCUGGGUAGAUUCUUUGUCCUAGUAACUGCUCCUGGCAACCUGUCUUCUAUUACCUCAGUUGUCAUCAGAAUCUCUAA